AUGACUCAACAACAAGAAGAUCUCUUCUCCUUUCGGAAUAUUCUUGCAGCACUGGAUCCUACCCAAUCAACACUCAUAGCUGCCGGAACGUAUGAUUCCAACCUGUCGAUCACCACCACAAAUCAACAAAAUACUCCUCAUCCAUUGUUGCAAGACAAGUUGAUAAAGCGUGGAAUUCAUGGCAUUAAAACUGUGCUUUGUAGAACUAGCAUGUGCUAUGUUCUUACUGUUUCAGGUCAUUUAUUAGAAAUUACCGAACAGAUGGGCAUGAUGGAACAAGUACUCGAUUUUUUGGAACCUAACGAGAAAAUUAUUAAUAUUAGUGCUGGUUAUUCUUUGUUGCUUAUUGUAUUGCAAGAUCAGUACACCCUGAAAACGAGAGUUUUUGGUAAACUUUUCAAUUCUUAUUCUGGAUUUAAUUAUGCAGCUCAAGUCCAAAAACAUGCACAAAUUGUCUAUCCACUCACAAAAAACGAUGUAAAUCCCAUAGUUAGCGAAUGGAAUGAAAUUCUCGAUUUUCAACAAAUACUUGAUGUGGAUGAAAAUAUCAUUUUCACAUCUUGUGCUGCUUAUACGGCAACUUUUAUUUCGAGUAAGGGAAGAAUAUUUGCAGCAGGAUCGAAUCAAUUUGGAGAGGCUGGCCAGGCCGUCACAUCUUAUCGAAAUGCAACGGAUCAAUGUCAAAUCAAGGAAUGCAGAAUUGAAAAUUUGAAUCAUUCGAAGGAUAAGCCUUUCUUUGUCAGGUCAGUGAAUGGAGAUCAUACCAUAAUUGCUCUGACAAGAGAUCAUCGAGUUUACUAUUGUGGAUAUACCUUAGAUAAAGGUGGAAAAGAUUUAUCCAUUCUUCGAGAAUUUAAGUCAAAAAACAUGGAUAGUGACGAAUAUUUUAUUGAUAUUGCUUCUGGUUAUUACAUGACCUUAUUAUUAACAAACAAACACAACCUAUACAUGUUAGAAUCUAAAGAAAAAGUUAACUUGCCCUCCCAAGAGAAUAUUACAAGUUGCAGAAUUUUUGCGGCACCUUACUUGUUUUUUAUUGUAGUGAAUGAUUCAACUAUUUUCACAUUCAAACCAAAAUCAAAUUCAAUGGGUUGUGCCCUUUCUGUGCAGGCUAAACCACAUCAUUCGUUGUACAUAACAGGUUCUGACAAAGUUGUUAUGUAUUGGAAGCAUGAGGAUGAAACAAGAUCAGUUCGAAGAAUGAAAGAAACACUUUUGAAAUCGUUGAAUAUUGAUUUUUUGCAAGAUAUUAAGAUAGUCCAUUUGUAA